AUGCAUCCCCUGCGGCCACUUUCGGAAGAUGAAUUUCUCAAGGCGAAGGACAUUCUUAUCAAGUCAUAUCAUGUAGACAGCAACCUACUCUUCCGGUCCAUCUAUAUUGAGGAGCCCCCAAAAGCGGACUUGAUCAAGUUCCUAGCUGCUGAACAUGGGGAAGCAGGCCGAAAUGAGUCGGUACCCAGCCUGCCACGACUGGUCAAGUUCGUCUACGAUGUGAUCAAGGGGCCAGGAGAGCAUCAGCUCACUGAAAAGAUCAUCGAUAUCAACUCGGAAGAGGUUGUGCACCAUCAGUCGUACCCAGCGUGGUGUCAAAGCAGUUAUACCAUGCCAGAAUUUGCGGCCUUUCAAGAUGCCUGUGUCUCCUCUGACCUGUUUAAGGAAGCUCUGAAGGAAUUUGAGCUGUCCUCGAACUUCGCUAUCACCAUUGACCCCUGGCCAUACGGUGGCCUCGAGGCUGGCGAGAAGAUGCCUCGCUACAUGCAAGGUCUUGUGUACGCCCGCGAUGCAUCCAAAGACAACUUGGACUCAAAUCAUUACUCAUAUCCCCUUCCCAUCAUCCCAGUCAUGGACGUAGUCCACAAGAAACUUGUCCGGAUCGACCGCCUCGCAACCGGCGGCCGGGACGACCCUCUCGAGCCAACCCCGCCAAGCGGGACCCCCAAGAAGCUCUUCACGGCCAACAAACCCGCUGAAUACGUGCCCGAGCUGCUUGACCGUCCCCUACGCACCGACUUCAAGCCCAUUGAUGUAACCCAACCCGAGGGCGCCUCGUUCACGGUGCAAGACUCGUCCCUCGUGACCUGGCAGAACUGGCGCUUCCGCAUCGGCUUCACCCCGCGCGAAGGCGCGGUCCUGCACGACAUCUGCUACGCCGGCCGACCGAUCAUCUUCCGGCUCUCCUUCUCAGAGAUGACGGUUCCCUACGGCGAUCCGCGGCCGCCGUACCAUCGCAAGCAGGCAUUUGAUUUCGGCGACGGUGGGUGUGGCCGCGCGGCCAACAACCUGCAGCUCGGGUGUGAUUGUCUCGGCGCAGUGCACUACCUGGAUGCUUGGCUCACCAAUACGGAGGGUAAGCCGACGCUAGCUAAGAACGUGGUAUGUCUGCAUGAGCAGGACAACGGCAUUGGGUGGAAACACACCAACUAUCGGACAGAGCGCGCCGUGGUGACGCGGCUGCGUGAGUUGGUCGUGCAGUUCGUCGUUACGCUCGCCAAUUACGAGUACAUUUUUGCGUACAAGCUCGACACGGCGGGCGGGAUAACGAUCGAGACGAGAGCCACCGGAAUCGUGAGCGUGGUUCCCAUCGACGAGGGCAAGACAAGUAGAUACGGCAAUGUGGUCUCCCCCGGCGUCCUGGCGCAAAACCACCAGCACAUCUUCGCAGUGCGGAUCGACCCGGCUAUCGAUAGUUACGAUGCGGGAAGCACGCACGUAGUGCUGGAAGAGAGCCAUCCCGUACCCAUGAACCCCGAGACGAACCCUUAUGGGAACGGGUACAAGAUUCGGCGCACGCCCGUCACGAGGCCUAUGUUUGCCGAUGCGGAGCCAAAGCUCAACCGCACGGUGAAGCUGGAGAACGCGAACAAGAAGAAUGAGACCAGUGGCAACAAUGUGGGGUACAAGUUCAUCCCCAAUGCGACGCAGUUGAUGCUCGCGGACCCGGAGAGCACGAUGGCUAAAAGGGCGCCGUUUGCGAGACAUCAUCUUUGGGUUACGGGGUAUCGGGAUGGGGAGCUGUGGGCUGCGGGCGAUUUUACGAAUCAGAGCCAGAUGGAAGUUGGCGGGGUAAAAGCUAUGGUGGAGCGGGGAGAUUGGUUUGGUGGUGCUGAGAGGACCGCAAAUGACCGUAAAGGGGCUGAUGGGGAGGCCAAUGGCAACGGUAGUGGCAAUGGGAGCGGAAAUAGCCAGGGCAAGCUGAGUAUUCCGGUUGUGUGGAAUGUCUUUGGAUUGACGCAUAACCCGAGGACCGAGGACUGGCCAGUGAUGCCCGUCGAGAUCCACCAAUUACAUAUCCGGCCAGCGGACUUCUUCACGACUAACCCUGCCCUCGACGUCCCGGGCACCAAGAAUGACACUAGCGUCUUAGUGUCCUGCUGUGGUAAAGAGAAGACCACUGCUGAGAAUGGAGGCAAGGCUAGUGGUGAGGUUCAGCGGGACCCCGUCGUGCAUUUGCAAGGUACGGGGUCGGAUAUUGACCCCAAGAACAUUGGGGGCUAA